AAUUUAUCAGCCCACCCUUCUUUCUCUCUCUUCUACUUGGAGCUUGCUGGUUGUCACAGAUCUUGAUAAUGUGGUUUUAUCAACUUUGUCAUUGUCGCCAAUUGUCGUGAUUGUGUUACAAAUUUUUUUCACGCGGUGCCAGAAAACGUGGCAUCGCAAGUUGACCCCUGCUGAUCAUCCGUGAUCGUCUGCUUCAAAGCCUUGCGGCAAUAGAGGCGCUUCUCCGCCGGAGCUGCCACUGGCUGCUUAGUAGCGAAGGAAUGCCUAUGCGGCGUCCGCGCCAUCACAGCCACCGCCAUGCGCCUCAUCAAUGUGCGGACUAUGCAAUUGGAGGAGUUCUCCAGUGGUCAGAUUCCUAAAUAUGCUAUCCUGUCGCAUAGAUGGGGAGCCGAAGAGGUUAGCUUGCAGGAUAUGGACACGCCAAAAUUCCUUGAUGGCAAAGCAGGCUUCAGCAAGAUCAACUCCGCUUUGUGGCUCGCCCGAAACAAGGGCUAUUCCUAUCUAUGGGUCGACACUUGUUGCAUCGACAAGAACAGCUCAUCCGAAUUAACCGAAGCUAUCAACUCGAUGUACAGGUGGUAUCAGGAAGCGGAAGUCUGUUUCGCCUAUCUCAGCGAUAUCGAACUCCAUCAGCACGAGCUCUCAACUAGCGUGUGGUUUACCAGAGGCUGGACAUUGCAGGAGCUUAUCGCUCCCAAACAUGUUAGCUUCUAUGACAGGAAUUGGGUGUCUCUGGGAACCAAGGAGAAACUCGCUCCGUACCUAUCUGCCGCCACUGGUAUCGACCUUGAGGUGCUACUUGGCAGAAGCAGUCCCUCGAGCUGCUCCGUGGCACAGCGUAUGUCCUGGGCGGCGAAGCGGGAAACAACCCGUCUCGAAGACAGUGCAUACAGUCUACUGGGGAUUUUCGAUGUCAGCAUGCCUAUGGUUUACGGAGAAGGCGAGAAGGCCUUCAGACGCCUGCAGGAAGAAAUCCUCAAGGUGUCUGACGAUCACACGAUCUUUGCUUGGGAUACCCUCCCAAAAGGUGGUCCGGGAGGCCACAGUGGUCUUCUCGCCACGUCACCUUCACAGUUCGAGAGGUGUCAAAAUGUCGUUCGCUCGUCGACAAAAAUAGUAAGCACUGGCGGGUUUUCUCUCAGCAAUGUCGGCCUUUCUAUCCAGCUAUUGACGAUUCCAUGGUACAUGGAGACAUACCUUGCGGUUCUCAACUGCGGCAUGAAGAAAAGCCCGCGCAUGAGACUCGGCAUCUUUCUGGAGCGUCUACUCUCUUCGCACGACCAACAACAGUUUGCUCGCGUGCAAUAUGCGGGAGUAACAGUAUACCCGGUGUCUCUAGAUACCAUUGCGGAAGACUCUCAUUGUCGGCCCCGGCUGCUUCAUGUACGACCGACGAUAAUCGAUCCGCCACUCGGCCGGUGGCAUGGCUUCCGCUUGCACGACCUGAAAUUACCAGGAUACAAGCCCAAAGAAUAUCUUCGCGCCGAGUUUUGUUUUAGAGACUCUUGGCCUCAUCGGACCCGGUAUCAUCCUUCCGAAAUGGAGUCCGCCAGGAGAUGUCUGCCAAAUGGACUGUUGGAUCUGCCAGCCAGGCCUGUGUUCUUCGGCAUGCCCAAGGGUAGGGGCACAGCAGGUAUCGUAUAUGUGCCGCCGUCGAGGAAUGAUCCGGACGGUGAUUUAAUUAGCUGGAUGAAGUUUGGCUUCGACGAGGAAUAUGCGCCCAUGUGCAUCUUUGGGAGACGACGCUCGCUAUGGGGAGGUGGUUCAGCAUAUCUAGCUGUCGACCAUGACUCAUUCGACGAUGCAGAACACAUUGCGGGCGAACAUGCCCUUCUAUUUCGGAAUGAGUGGAUCAUCAAGGAGAAAGGAUGUCGCGAUAUGAAGAGUCUCGCGGCAAUUUGGCAAACACGAAACUUCUGCAUGCUUCGCGGCGAUAGAGAACGAGGUUUGGAUGUCAAGAUACCAUUCUUGAGAAUCCAUAUCACGAUUCAGUUGGAGAACGUUUACGAAGGGUACGCACCUUAUGGUCGACCCAAUGACUUGAUGACCGGUAUGAACAUUUGGACGAUCAGUGUCACCUCCUGGGAAGACCACAGGCAGAGGGGGGGUAGGAUACCAGACUUGGGCUCUUCAGCUUUGAUAUGGAAAUCGUUGGACGAUCUUUUUAUAUGAUACCAGGUUUUGGGAUGGAUUUCAUCCAAGACUUUCACUUUUGCGGAAAUUGAAGGCUAUCAUCACCUGAAUACUUUCUGGAUGGACGGUUUUUAUUAUUUAAUGAUAUGUAGAUAUUAUGUACAGUGGACAGCAGUUAAUGCACAUUGCUAAGAUACCUAGGGAGGUGAUGAAGACA